UUCCCCUUCCUCCAUUUCUCCAUCGAUCAAUUGCAAGAUCCAUCCAUUGACCUGCCCAUCAUGCCGUCGUCGCCGCCCGUCUCCGCCGCAUUGCGCAAAAAAGUGCUCAGGGUGUUGUUUACCUCGCUGUUGCUCGACCUCAUUUCCUUCACCUUCAUUCUACCCCUCUUCCCGAAACUCCUCGAAUUCUAUCGCGACCACGAGUCCGCACAGCGCCAUACCUCGCCCACAGUGCUCUCGAGCAUUCUCGCCGGCCUCAAUGCCUACAAGAACUCGUUCGCGCGACCCAUCAACGACCGCUAUGACAUUGUCCUACUGGGAGGUGCCCUUGGCUCGCUCUUUUCCCUCCUGCAGGCCGUAGCCUCGCCCGUCAUUGGCACCCUGUCCGAUCGAUAUGGCCGCAGAACCGCGUUACUAUGGUCCAUGAUGGGCAACAUUUUGAGCGUGGGCCUGUGGGUCGCCGCCACCGAUUUCCGAACCUUCUUGGCCAGCAGAGUAGUGGGCGGCUUGAGCGAGGGCAACGUGCAGCUGGCCAUUGCCAUCGCCGCCGACAUCAGCGACGAGAGCCAGCGCGGCGCUACCAUGGCACUGGUUGGCGUCUGCUUCAGCAUUGCCUUCACUUUUGGCCCUGCGCUGGGCGCUUGGUUGAGCAGCAUCCAGUCUGUCAAGGAGAACCCUUUUGCGACCGCCGCCGGCUUUUCGCUGCUUCUGAUCCUCGUCGAGACCAUCUAUAUAUACUUCGCCUUGCCUGAAACUCUGCCCGUGGCAACCGAGUCCAGCAAUGGGUCGGCGAAGAAAAACAAGACCGACGCUCAGGCAAAGCCCCGCGUUCGCACAAACUCUCACUUGCUCCUCAAUGCCACGCACUUCACCUUUAUUCUCUUCUUUUCCGGGAUGGAGUUUUCGCUGCCGUUCAUGACGUACGAUUUGUUCGCAUAUGGGUCAAAGGAUACGGGGAAAUUACUCGGAUUCAUCGGGCUCGUCGCUUCUCUACUCCAGGGCUCAGUCGUGCGUCGUAUGCAUCCGCUCCGUGUGGUACAGAUGGGAGUGGUUGCCGCUACCGCGGCCUUCUUCUUGCUCGCUAGAGUAGACUCGCAGAGAGGUCUAUACGGAGCCGCGGCCCUACUGGCAGUCACGAGCGCGACUGUUGUCACUGGUCUUAACAGUCUCAGCAGCUUUGAAGCGAGCGAAGGAGAGCGAGGUGGAAAGCUUGGGAACCACCGCAGUUUUGGUCAAUUUGGACGCGGCCUUGGUCCUCUGAUCUUUUGCUCGUUGUACUGGUGGGCGGGCCGCGAAACUGCGUAUGCAGCAGGGGCUGCCGGUAUGCUUGCAGUAUGUGCCUUGGUAUUUGGCAGCCUCAAGGUGCCACCAGGGACUGAGACUGUGCGGAAGAUCAAAACAAAAUAG